CUUCGCCCCGUCCUAUUACUCAUCAAUGGCUCGAAGUUAAUAGACGUGUAUUGGUUUUUCUCUUUCUAUAUUGCGAUUCAUGAUGGGUUUCUAGUUGCAAACAUUGCACGCGGCCGUGUGCCUUUACACACAAUUAUAAAAAUGCUUGCCAAGAUGGCGCUCCCAACGGACAACCUCGUCCUUCGAUCACAAAUACCACCACAAUCGGAAUUUGAUCUCUCGCGGCUUGUACUUCAAUCUGUGGUAAGUUCCAGAGUGAACCAACCAGCAAAAAUGAGUGCGAGUCCGUGGGACGACUUGCCCUUGGCUUCGGUCGACGGGCUGCUCUCCACUGAAGAGUGUUUUAUGCUGCUCGAUGCUGACUUCAACGAUGAUCUGCUUAAGACCCUUCCCAGCGCUGCAACGAAGUUCGAGCCGAGCAAGUACCAGCAAGAUGACGGCACCAUCAGCCUGUACCCACAGUCGCCGCCGGAAACCAAACCUAGCCGUGCGGAGCUCGCCAACGAUCUUUUGCAGCAGCUCGAAAAUCAGUGUAAACAAGAAAACAUUUUCCCGAACUGGCUGGAGGAGAAGACAGAGUUUCCCAUUUUCGACAACAUUCCCCAAGCACCGGAACGCGUAGAUGUACCGGUGGCUCCUGCCGUCACCGUCGCGCCCCCGUUCAGCGCUCCGCAGCCCACUGAAGAGCUGCUGCGCGAGUUCGAGACCGUGUAUGGAGCUGUGGAGUUGACGCAUCUGACACCGCCGCAGAGUCCGCCCGGACCUGCCACGCAACUGUUACUGAGCUACGCGCAGCAGGCACAGUUCGCGCCUCUCGCUCCCACACUACCGCUCGCGCAGGAACAGUGGCCCGUCGUCGCUCCGCAGGUGCCUCCGCCUCCGCAGGCACUCUACGACUCUGAGUUACUGGCCGUAGAGGAGUUGGUGCGUCACCGCGCCGCCGAACUCGCGUCCCCGCUUCCGUCGGGCGACAGUGCCAGCGCUUCGCCUGGUUCGUCGCCUCCGUCUUCGCCGCGCUCGUCCACCGAUGAUGAAUGGACGGUGCCGACACGACCCAAGCCUUACUCGCGCUCUACGGACGACCGCCGAUCUCGCAAGAAGGAGCAGAACAAAAAUGCGGCUACUCGUUACCGCCAAAAGAAGAAGGCCGAGAUCGAGGUCCUGAUCUGCCAGGAGCAGUCGGAGCGCCAGCGUAACGCUGAGCUCCGCGAAAAGUGCUCCGAUGUUCAGCGCGAAAUCCGCUACAUCAAAGGCCUCAUGCGCGACCUCUUCAAAGCCAAAGGUCUCAUAAAAUAAAAUCAUUUCACUCGCCGCCUUCAGCGAUUUGUCCACAUCGCGCGACUUCAAAGCCUGCGCCAGAGCAAAAUCCGUGCUAAAGAGUUCCAAGUUAAAGAAGUGUAAUUUUGAUGACUAAUGUUUUCUUGUUAGAUAGAUAACUUAAGUUUGUUCAUUUUUUGUUUCGGAUAAGCAGAUCAUUUUCACAUCGAGCAGCACUCACACUCAUGUAUCAUCAAUUGAGAGAUCAUUUAACACC